UUCUCAAUUGAUCUGUCGUUUCUACGUCUAUUCAUCUCAUUCUCCCUCUCGUGUGUCUGAUUUGAUUAAGGUUUGAAUCAUUUCAUUUUGUUAUACAUUAUCUAGUUUUUGUUAUAUAUUAUUCAUUUGUUGAUGAAUUGAAGUUGAUUUUGUAGAACAAUGGAAGUUUUGUGCAUCUGUGGACAAUGGAUCUCAAAAGAAUAUCUCCAGUGGGAGUUUCUUGUUGAUUUGAAGAGGAAUGCAUCAAUCAUUUCCAUAGAAGAAGAUCUACUGUAUGAAGAUUUGAUGAAGAUUGUCUCUGAAGAUUUUAGUGUUAAAGAGGAAGAAAUCAGUUUGAGUUAUGGUAUUUCAUUGGAUAUGAAAUGUAUUAUUGAAAGUUUCCCCCCACUCUCGAUAGGUAAUACUCGUCAGCUCAGAACUUUCAUUUCCAAGACUAGAGCAUUUGAUGGAACCUGUCGUUUGUGUGUUAAGGUUAGUACUGAUCCAGCUAGCUGUAACACUCAAGCUUCUGAUACAUUUGCUUCUCCUGUUCCAUUGAAUGCCAAUCCAAUGAUUCUUUCUACUGUGCAGAGAGAAAAACAGGUACAUUGUCCCUAAUUCCCUUUUUCUGUUUGUGUUUGCAUGAUAUGCUUCAUAAUCAAGUAUUAUGCCUUAAAGAACUACUUGACUUUUGCAGAGUCUUCUAUAUGAAGGUGUUUCUACAGUUCCUCUGAAUGCUCUUCCGGAUUUUAGUCCUAUCCAUAUUGGACUUUUGCAGGUUAGUACUGAUCCAGCUAGCUGUAACACUCAAGCUUCUGAUACAUUUGCUUCUCCUGUUCCAUUGAAUGCCAAUCCAAUGAUUCUUUCUACUGUGCAGAGAGAAAAACAGAGUCUUCUAUAUGAAGGUGUUUCUACAGUUCCUCUGAAUGCUCUUCCGGAUUUUAGCCCUGUCCAUAUUGGACUUUCACCAACCACGAGAGGAGCUGGCGAUAUUAAGGUGAAUAGCUAUUUUAAGACAAAGAGAGAGUUGAUGUUGAGGAUGAAGAAAUGGGCUUUAGAGUGGAAGUUUGAGUACAAGACUGUCUCUUCUAACAAGUCAAGAGUGCUUUUGAGUCGUGUUGAUGAAAAUUGCACGUGGAGGAUGCGUGCUACCAAGCUACCUCUUUCAGAUUUUUUCGUUGUUAAAAAGUAUGUUCAUGAGCAUACAUGCGAUACAACACACAGGAAAGCCAACCACAGACAAGCAUCUGCAAAGUUCUUGGGUUCUUUGAUUUGCAGCAAUUAUGGAGAAAAAAAGGAAGGUCUCAAACCGAAACAGAUCAUUGAACAGGUCAGGAUGCUGCAUGGUGUUCACAUCAAUUACAAACAAGCUUGGAGAGUGAGAGAAGAAGCUCAGAUUUUGGUUAGAGGGACUCCUGAAGACAGCUAUUACAAUUUGUCUAGGUGGUUGUAUAAAAUCACAGAAACAAACCCUGGUUCCUUGACUUAUCAACAUGUGGAUGCUGCAGGAAAGUUCAAGUAUGCAUUUGUGGCUUUUGGUCCUUCAAUAAGGGGAUUCUCAUUGAUGAGGAGAGUUAUUGCAGUAGAUGGUACAUUUCUGAAGGGAAAAUUCAAUGGGACUUUAUUGGCAGCUUGUGCUCAAGAUGGGAAUUAUCAUCUAUAUCCUCUCGCCUUUGCAGUGGUUGACGCAGAAAAUGGCGCCUCUUGGAAAUGGUUCUUUAGAGGUUUGAGCCAGAAGAUCCCGGAUGCUUCGGAUCUUGUUUUUGUAUCAGACAGGGCUAACUCCAUUUCUUCAGCGUUGGAGGAUGUAUAUCCCUUAUCUCACCAUAGAAUUUGCAGGAUCCAUCUGCUCCGCAACAUCACUCCUACAUAUGCGAAGACUGGGUUGCUACCUCUGGUGGAAAGCGCUGCUGAUGCCUAUACGUGUCACGAGUUCUGGUUAAUCUUCAAGGACAUAAAAGAUAAAUGUCCUGAAUUGGCUAAGUAUCUGGAAGAUUCUGAUUUUAGGAAGUGGGCACGAAGCUAUGCGCCUGCGAACAUGUAUAAUAUCAUGACUACCAACAUUGCAGAGUCUCUCAAUUCUAUGUUGAGGAUGCCUUGUGAGUUGCCCAUUAUCUCUCUCCUUGAAACUAUCAGAUUGACGAUGACCACUUGAUUUUUUGAGCGACGCGAAGCGGCUGCGAAACAUAAGCACCUGGUUACUCCAAAAGUUGUGCAGAAAUUGGUAUCUAGGUUAGGGGCCGCAAUGUUGUUGAAUGUGUAUCAAGUUGAUCGAAGCGAGUUUGAGGUGAAGAAUGAAACAAUGAAGUUUGUUGUUGACUUGGAGAAGCGGCACUGCACAUGUAAUGUUUUCGACAUUGACAAGAUCCCCUGCAUCCAUGCCAUCGCUGCUGCUAAGCAUAUCAAGAGAGAUGAAAACCUUUUUGUUGAUGCUUCUCACUUGACAGAAACGUGGGCUAAAGCUUAUGCUGAAAGCAUACAUCCUGGUGGAGAGUUGUCAACGUCCACCUAUCCAGAGAAUAUUGAUGAACUGUCUUGCCCACCUCCAGCUACCAAAAAGAAAAGUGGACGCCCUCCUACAAAGAGAAAGAGAUCCGUUGGCGAGUUUGGGGUUCCUGGAUCUAAAUCUCAGUCCCACAAGUGCAGCAGAUGUGGCACAGGAGGGCACAACAAGAGCACAUGCGAGAGGCCUAUAGGAUGAAGUUCUACAUUUUUAUUGAUUAUUAUUUGGAUGUUGGCUAUUUGAUGGUUACAUGAUAUGCACCAGACCAUAUACAUUUUUUCUUUUGGAACCCUAUCCCGAAUAAGUAUGAUUUCUUCCAAAUUUUGUAAUAUACAACAUUAUCUUUUGAUC